AUGACAUUAUGGGAAACGUUUCGCACGGUGAAGUGCAUUAAACUUUGGCUGCAUACUUUGUGGCACGGAUUCGCCGUGUUCUCCGCCCUGCUGCUGUUCGCCUGUUUGGUGGCGAGCCAGAGCAACAACUACUACUGGGGCGUUAAGGAUCCGCGGGACGUGCUGCUGAACCGAACCAUUGCCGUCCGGUCCGGCACGAUCCUGCAGGUCAAAUCGCAGGACCUGGUGUAUCCGCUCAAGGGCCAGCAGGGACGCAACAUUUCGGCCAUCUGGGUCAUUGAUCAGUACAUCAACGGAAAGGGUGGCUACGCGAGCCUGUACGCGGGUGGCAUCGGUUACAACUACACGACGGUACACCUGAAGUCGCAGCGUGGCAACGGGUACAACUUUAUCGUGGAAAUUUACGGACGAUAA